GAAGAUUGUAGUGUUGCCUUGAGCGGAGCCAAAAUUGGAACCCAUAAGACAGGAAAGUGCUGUAGCAAUAUUAGUCUGCUUAUUUAAAUAAACUAUAAUUAGGAAACAACAAAGCAGGCAACCUGGAAGAAGCAGGUACACCGAAAAUAUCUACGCAACAUGGAUUUUAUAUAAUUCCGGAAAAAUGUGAGGAGAUGAGCCAGGAGAAAAAGAAGAAGCAGACCAACCGCAUCAUGUUGGUCAAAAAGAUCAUAAUGAAAGAUGGGAGCAAUCACCAGGGAAUUGGGAAUGCUAGUGUUACCCAUGCUGUGAUUGUAAUAUUCUUGGAAUUUUUUGCCUGGGGCUUAUUAACAACUCCAAUGUUAACUGUCCUCCAUGAAACAUUUCCACAGCAUACAUUUUUGAUGAAUGGCCUAAUACAAGGUGUAAAGGGCUUUUUAUCAUUCAUGAGUGCCCCACUCAUUGGUGCCCUUUCAGAUGUGUGGGGCAGAAAGUCUUUCCUGCUGGUCACAGUGUUCUUCACCUGCAUCCCAAUUCCUCUAAUGAGGAUAAGUCCCUGGUGGUAUUUUGCUAUGAUUUCUGUGUCUGGAGUUUUUUCGGUCACCUUCUCUGUAAUAUUUGCAUAUGUAGCUGAUAUCACCAAGGAACAUGAAAGAAUCACAGCAUAUGGACUGGUCUCUGCAACAUUUGCUGCAAGUUUAGUAACGAGUCCAGCAAUUGGUGCUUACCUCUCUGCUAAUUACGGAGACAACUUGGUAGUGCUUGUUGCAACUAUCAUUGCUUUGGUGGACAUCUGCUUCAUUCUCCUCGCAGUGCCAGAGUCAUUGCCUGAGAAAAUGAGGCCAGCUUCCUGGGGAGCACCAAUUUCAUGGGAGAAAGCUGACCCCUUUGCUUCCUUGAAGAAAGUAGGGAAGGAUUCCACAGUGUUGCUAAUCUGUAUCACAGUGUUUUUGUCUUACCUGCCAGAGGCUGGCCAGUAUUCCAGUUUUUUCCUUUACUUGAGACAGGUUAUUGGAUUCACAUCAACUACUAUAGCAGCAUUUAUAGCUGUUGUGGGGAUCCUUUCAAUCAUAGCCCAGACAGUUUUUCUUAGCAUUCUAAUGAAGACCAUAGGGAAUAAAAACACAGUGCUGCUUGGGCUUGGGUUUCAAAUGCUCCAGCUGGCCUGGUAUGGAUUUGGAUCUGAACCAUGGAUGAUGUGGGCUGCAGGGGCAGUGGCAGCGAUGUCUAGUAUUACAUUCCCCGCAGUGAGUGCACUGGUGUCUCGCAGCGCAGAGCCUGAUCAGCAGGGAGUUGUGCAAGGGAUGAUAACGGGAAUUCGAGGCCUCUGCAAUGGAUUGGGACCAGCUCUCUAUGGAUUCAUUUUCUUCCUUUUCAAUGUGGAAUUGAAUGAAAUUGAUCCAGUUCAGAAUGAGAAAAACACUGUUAUGCUUGAUCCAACUGAUGAGAGAUCGAUUAUCUCUGGUCCACCAUUUCUUUUUGGAGCAUGUGCAGUUCUUCUUGCUUUCCUGGUUGCCUUAUUCAUUCCUGAACACAACAGCCUCUCUGUAAAGACUUGCAACACCCGGAGACAUAGCAACAGCAUCACUAGCACCCAGAGCAACACCCCCCUGCCUGGCAGCGACGAGGACAUCGAGCCACUGCUGCAGGACAGCAGUGUGUGACAGCCACGUUGCCUUGUGACAGUGUCCCCCUUCUGCGCUGGUGAACAAGGGACUGAAGAAUCAGGGUACUGCUGAAAACAAGACGAGAUGCAGAAUGUAUUCUGAAGUCUAGCGUGCUUGUCUUUCAUGCAAAUCGGCAGCCAUGUUGCAUUGCUGCCUACAUGAAGAAAAGUGUUUCUGGAGGUUGCUAAACAAAUAUGAACUGUUAUUUAUGUUAUAUCAUCAUUAUUCCAGCUUUUUUUGUUACCUGAUGGCAGGCAGUUGGAGAAUUUGAAUGUCCCUGUACCUGUAUUUUGACAUGCUGAGUCUUGUGUGAGUUAUAAGAAUUAUCGCAGUGAGGACUUGAUGGUUAAUAUUUUCAGCGAAGCAAACUUGACCAUCUUAAAAAAAAGAUCUCAUCGUUUUUAGGGAGGGAGGCGAGCUUUGGUUCUUUUUAUUUCUAAGGGAUUCUGCUUGGUAAAUUAUAUUCUGACUCCUGCAAGGACUUUUUUUUUGUUGUGCUUAUAAACCAAGCUGAGACAAAAGGUCAACAGAUCUACAUUGUGGAGAUCUCAUAUACAUUUACAAAUGUACUUUUAUAUUGAUGAGACUUAUAGCAUACUUUAACUAAAGAAUUAUCAAUAUUUUUUACUUAGUAAGUAUGUAAGGAUACUUCUCAUAUAUAUAUAUUUUGCUGGUAACCCCUGCAUUCCUCAAUGCCAAUCUGAAAACAAUUGAUAAAACAAAUAGUUCUUAUUUUAUGUUUAAUGAGUAGAAAUUACUGGACAACAAAACUGAAAUCAAACUAUAUAUAUUUUUUUUUCUAUGCCUUAUGGUAAUUUUUGCUGGAUGCAUAGCAGUCAGCACCUUGAGAUGAUGGUGUAGAUGUUUACAAAAUGUUGAACUCUAUGCAUUAAUCUGUACCAUCAGAUCAAUUUUUAUGUAGCUGAGCGCUUCAGUGAUGACAAGUAUGGCUUUCAAUACCUUUUAAAAAGUUUGCUGUAAAAUAGCACAUAAUAUAGAAUUUGGAUUUGAAUAUUUUUUUUAUGCACACUAUAAUUUAAUAGCGAUGAUGCAGUGUCGCAAAAAUUCCAAAUCUGGAAUUGUGUGCUGAAAGGAAGUUAACGAGGUAUGCUGGUGGGAGGUUAAUAAUACUUAGUAGACUAAAAUAUUGAAAAUCAUUUUUUAUUUUGUAUGUCUGAUCAAAUUAUUUGGGAUUUUUUUAUAUUUAAAAAGAUAAGUCUUGCUCAAAGCUUUUUAAAGAGCAGUAGUAUUUUUAAGAUUGAAAUCUCAUUUUAUGGUCACUGAAAGAUUACUUUUUUAAAAUAUAAAAGUAAUAAGGAAGCUUACAUUUCCUGAAUUUAAACACCCUGAGUUUCACCAGAUACCUCAAGUCUUUGUUUUCCCUGUUAUUAAUUUUAAUUUACCUUGGUUUUGAUACUUAUAUCCAAAAUAAAUGUUAUCCAUGAUUUGAAAAUAUUUUUAUGUGAUGAGAUCUACUUGAGGAUGCAAACUAUGCAGGCAAAGUAAAAAAAUAAUAAAGAUAUAAGUAACUCA